ACUGUCUCUUUAAACAGGGUACUGAAGGGGGAAGUUAAACUCAUGUCGCUUGUUUGACAGCAGUGAUUGUCACUUUCAUCUUGUGUUCGCUGUUAUAUCGAUACACAGUGUGCAGCGAUGGCUCAAUAAACCGCUGAUCGAAGAUUUUAAAAGCGGUGAAGCUGAGAGAGCUGUAGAUUAGGCUAACAAUGCUAAGCUAGCACCAGUUGAUCUGAUGUGUUCCUGCGUUGAGUGAAUGUGUGACUCUUCACCCUUCCCAGGAUUAUAUACCCGCACUUUCAACUGAAACAGGAUUUGUUUUAUACUUCAGACCUGCGUUUAAACAUUUAAGCAUGGAGUCGUUUGAAAGCGAAAGGGCUCCACUGCCCAGGAACAUGAUUGAGAACGACAUGUUUGAAGAGGAGCCAGAUGUGGUGGAUUUGGCGAAGGAGUCUCCGUCCUACCCCAUCGACUCAGACGAUGUGGUCUAUGAACCCCGCAGCUCUCGACUGCUAGUCCGAGGCCUUGGAGAAAACGACCUGGAUGAAGACGAAGAAGAUUACGAAUCAUCUGCCCGUCUUCUUGGAAUGUCCUUCAUGAAUCGUAGUUCCAACCAGCGCAGCGCUGCUUCGUCCUACACCCGACAGCAGCAUUCUGGAUCGUGCUCGAGGCCUUCGACUAAGACUACGGUGGUAGGUGUUUUCAUCCUGGUGCUGGUGGCCUCUGUGUUUAUGGUCAUCUACUUCGUGCCAGGCUGCACUUUCAGUAGAAAUGGCUGCCCGAAGACCAAUUCAACCAUGAACAGCAUCUAUCCCAUUUCCACGAACGGUGAAGUUUUCCCGUGGACCGAGUUGAGGUUACCGUCUAGCGUGCAUCCUGUGCAUUACAAUAUUUCACUCUAUCCCAACCUGACCCUCAUGACCUUCCAAGGCAGUGUAUCCAUCUUAGUGGAAGUCUUGCAUGAAACAAAGAAUAUUGUCCUUCACAGUUCUGAUAUGAGCAUCACCAAGGCCACUUUCGAAGGUGAAGAGGUACAUGUUUUGGAGUACAAACCUUGGCAGCAAAUCGCUAUCAAACUUAAAGACGUUUAUAAGAAGGGACAAUACGUUUUGAACAUUAACUACAAAGCAAACCUCUCCAACAGCUACGAUGGCUUCUAUAACAGCUCUUAUGUCGACACCAAUGGUACAAAAAGAGUUUUGGCCGCUACUCAAUUUGAGCCCUUGGCAGCCCGCAAGGCUUUCCCUUGUUUUGACGAACCAGCUUUUAAAUCAACUUUUACAAUUAAGAUGACCAGAGAACCCAUGUACAUCAGCCUUUCAAACAUGCCCAAGGUCAAAACCACAGAUUUAAAAAAUGGGCUUCAAGAAGAUGAGUUUGAAAAAAGUGUUAAAAUGAGCACUUACCUAGUUGCAUUUAUUGUGGCUGAAUUUGUUGGUGUCAGUAAUAACGUCUCUAAAACAAUGGUGUCUGUGUAUGCCGUUCCAGACAAAAAGGAUCAAGUGCAGUAUGCUCUGGACACAGCUUGCAAACUUUUGGAUUUCUACAAUAUGUUCUUUGAGAAUGAUUACCCGUUAAGGAAGCUGGAUCUAGUGGCUAUUCCUGACUUCCUCGCCGGAGCCAUGGAGAACUGGGGACUAAUCACAUUCCGUGAGACGACUUUGCUAGUAGGAAGUAAUUCCUCCUCUAUAGACAAGCAACUGGUGACCUCUGUUAUUGCUCAUGAACUUGCCCACCAGUGGUUUGGAAAUCUGGUCACUAUGCGAUGGUGGAAUGAUCUUUGGCUGAAUGAAGGAUUUGCAACCUACAUGCAGUACAUGUCGAUUGAAACUGUGUUCCCAGACCUUGACAUAGACACUGAAUUCUUAAAUGUUCGCUUUAAAGCCCAGGGUAAAGAUGCAUUGAACUCAUCCCACCCAGUCUCUACUGUGGUGAGCACCCCUGAACAGGUGGAAGAAAUGUUUGACUCUGUGUCUUAUGAGAAGGGGGCUUCAAUACUGCUGAUGCUCAAUGCAACCCUCUCAAAUGGGGAGUUUCGAAAAGGAGUGAUUGAAUACUUACAAAAGUAUAACCUAUCAAACACAGAAAGCGAAGACUUAUGGAACAGUCUUUCCCAGGUGAGCAAACAAAACUUAAGUGUAUCUGAGAUGAUGAACACCUGGACUGUUCAUAAGGGCUUUCCUCUGGUCACAGUGAAGAGAAGUGGCAACAAAGUGACACUGACACAAGAACAUUUCCUUCUGAAUGCUGAAAACAGCACAGGCGACAGCAGCUUGUGGCAUAUUCCCUUGACGUAUGUAAAUGACAGCUGCAGUCUUCUCAGCUCCUGCAAGCAAGUGUUUCAUCUCAAGGACAAAACAGCCACGUUAAAGCUUCCAAGUCAAGUGAAGUGGUUGAAGUUCAACUUCAGAAGUGAUGGCUUCUACAUAGUGCAUUACGAUGAGGAGGGAUGGAGUGACUUGAUUGUGGCUUUGAACGAGGAUGUGAAUGUCCUCUCCUCCAAAGACAGAGCAGCUCUCAUCAAUAACAUCUUUGCUCUCUCCAGAGCGGGCAAGGUGUCUUUCAAGCAGGUCUUGAAUCUAAUGGACUACAUCAAAAAUGAGACAGCGACGGCUCCGCUGACUGAAGCUCUCUUCCAGCUUGGUCAGAUCUACAGGUUGCUGGACAAAAGAUCAGAGUUGAACUUGGCUUCUAGAAUGGUGAGUUACAUUGAUGACCAUUUCGGAAGUUUAAUGGAGAAUCAGUCAUGGGAUCUGGAAACUUCUGUGUCAAAUAUGACGCUUCGGUCUGCCCUGCUGGAGAUGGCAUGUUCCCUUGACAUAAGUAACUGCACAGUAAAUGCAAAACGUCUGUUUGAUCAGUGGCUUACUUCCAACAAAACUUCUCAUUUUAGGAUUCCCAGUGAUCUCAUGAGAACAGUCUUCAAAGUUGCUGCUCAGACAGAUGAAGGAUGGAGUAAGCUUCUAUACACGUAUAAACACUCCAUCAAUGACCCAGAGAAACGCAAGACACUGGAAGCUUUGGCCAGCACUCAGGAUGUACGGAAAAUCAUUUGGAUUCUGCAGAAAAGUCUUGAUGGGAGUGAGAUUCAAACUCAAGAAUUUCCUUUGGUGAUCAACACAAUUUGCAAGAACUUUGCUGGUUACCUCUACGCUUGGGAUUUUGUGAAGGAGAACUGGGAUCAGAUCACUCAAAAGUUUCCUGUUGGAUCCUUUGCCAUUCAGAGCAUCAUCAUGUCUGCGACCAGUCAGUUUUCCACAAAAACCCAUCUAAUGGAGGCCCAGAACUUCUUUUCUUCUCUGGGGACGAAAGGAUCUCAGAUGAGGAUCGUGCAGGAAGCCAUUGAGACCAUUAAGCUGAACAUGCGAUGGAUGGACAAUAUCUUGAACACGCUCCAGAAUUGGUUGUAGUGUGAGGAGGAGCAGACGGCUCCUCUCUCGUGCCUCUCGGUCCCUCAGGUGUCAUCGCCGGGCACAUGCAGGUGUGAGCGAUAUUACGGUCAUACAAGCCAGAGCCAUAAAUAUACAAUGUUAGGCCAAUCUCAAGACAGAAGGGCAGAUUUACUCGGAUGCAAAGGGCCACUUAAAAAAAGAAAUCUUUUCAGGGCAUCUAAUAGGGAAUUUUUUCCAGAGUACUCCAUUGAGCUGUGAACUAGCCAGAAGCCUGCCCUAAACGUAUUUAGCCUUUAAUACUAGCUUAUAUACAUGAACAAGUCUGGAUAUUAAUUGUAAAGCAUAUUUUUUGUCGUUCCUCCAAGUUCUGAGUGAAGUGAAACCUUACAGUCAGCAUAUGAUUUCCUGUGUCAUAAUUUUAGUGUUAGUUGCUGCUUGGGCCCAACUUAGUAUGUGUAUGGCUCUGGCCUCAAGCACUAUUUGCACUAUUCAAAGAUUCAGCUUGCUCAGGGCAAAUCUGGUUGUUGUUGAAAUAUCAUGAUGCAUUUAAACCCUUUUACUUAAUGUCAGUGGCUACAGACCAAAACCUCCUAUCAGUAUCUCUUAAAUAUGCCCUUAUCGCAAUUUGCCAAAACAAAAAGUGAAAUACUGAAAUUAUACUACACGAGUGUUAUCACAAUCCCCCUUUUUUUCUAAAUAUAAAAGUUUUAUUUAUGAAUGUGGAGGUGCAUUUUUAAUUAUUUGCAUAGUCUGCAGUGCUUGAAUCCAGCACUAUGUAAAUGUUCUUGCCUUAGAAGUUUUCCGUAACUUUCAUCCUUUGCACAAGAUGUUUAAUUUCGAGUUGAAUGUGUAUAUUAUGUUUUUUUGUGCAGGCUUGCAUAUAGGUAAAAUAUUAGCAUUUCUAAAACAUUUAGGUGUGGAUUUUAUUUUGGGUUUUGCUAUGCACAUUCUGAAGAAGCUGAAAUAUUUUACAGUUCUGUUGUUAUACAUGUAUAAUGAGAAAAAACUCUUUGGUUUGACAUACUUGUUAGCAAGUCUUUAUGUACAAAGCUUUAGUUAUGGUAAUCCACUGUUGUCAUAUUGCCACAAGACAAACAAGGGGCCCUAAAAUCACAUCACUGAUUGAGAGUUACAUUUUUCACUGGUUGCUACUGAUUUGUACUCUUGAUUUGUGUGUUGAUUUUCAUGCUAUUCAGGAAUUGUUUUUAAAGAUUUCAAAUGCUUUUAGUUGGUCAAAAAAAUAUGGAGUCGCAAACUCGCACAAAUGUAAACUCGUGAUACAGUCCAUAAACGCACACACAUCGCUUUGCUUCAGUGCACAAAAACUGAGUUGUUGCUGAGUGUGAGUAUUUUUAAUAUUAUUUUAACUCCAUACAUCAAUGUUUAGUUUUGUUCAUGGCGUGUGAGAAUCUGCGCUCGCUGUCUUUAGCUCAAAUGUCAACACACUUCCAGGGUUUUGAUUAUAACUCAGUGAUUUGACCUCUUAAAUGUCCAAUAUGACUGGUACGUUGUAAUACAGCUGGUACAUUGUAAUUACUUUGUAUGUAGCAGUUGUAGUUUUGCUUGAACAUAAGCUUUAUUUGUGAUAGAAUAAGGACAACGGCAGCAUUGUUACACUGUAAUGGACACUUCUGAUGUCAGGAUGGAGCGUUACAGUUAUUGAUGAAUGUAUUCAUGUUUGUUACUAUGGAUCUGUUUGAACACAAAUGUUAUGAUUGUAAUUCCAUUGUGUCUGAAUUCAUCUGGAUAUGGUUAAUUAAACACAAUGAGGUGUUCAAAAUACAGUGUAUCUAUCUGUUGAA